UCGCCGGGGUCGGGGGGCCUCAGGCCUGCGUUACUGCGCCUGCGCGUCCUGGCGGCUAAUGCCGGCGGUCUCCGCUGAAGCGGGAAGAUGGCGCUUGACGGACCAGAGCAGAUGGAGCUGGAAGAGGGGAAGGCAGGCAGCGGUCUCCGCCAGUACUACCUGUCCAAGAUCGAAGAGCUCCAGCUGAUUGUGAAUGAUAAGAGCCAGAACCUUCGGAGGCUGCAGGCACAGAGAAAUGAGCUUAAUGCAAAAGUUCGCCUGUUGCGGGAAGAGCUGCAGUUGCUGCAGGAACAAGGUUCCUACGUGGGCGAAGUCGUCCGGGCCAUGGAUAAGAAGAAAGUGCUAGUGAAGGUACAUCCUGAGGGCAAGUUCGUGGUGGAUGUGGACAAGAACAUCGAUAUUAACGAUGUGACACCCAACUGCCGGGUGGCCCUAAGAAACGACAGCUACACUCUACACAAGAUCCUGCCAAACAAGGUAGACCCACUGGUGUCUUUGAUGAUGGUGGAGAAGGUGCCAGACUCCACCUAUGAGAUGAUCGGGGGGCUGGACAAGCAGAUAAAGGAGAUUAAGGAGGUGAUCGAGCUGCCUGUGAAACAUCCUGAGCUCUUCGAGGCGCUGGGCAUCGCACAGCCCAAGGGAGUGCUGCUCUAUGGACCCCCUGGCACCGGGAAAACGCUAUUGGCCCGGGCCGUGGCUCAUCACACAGACUGUACCUUUAUUCGUGUGUCUGGCUCCGAGUUAGUGCAGAAGUUCAUCGGGGAAGGAGCGAGAAUGGUGCGGGAGCUGUUCGUCAUGGCCCGGGAACACGCGCCGUCCAUCAUCUUUAUGGACGAAAUCGACUCCAUUGGUUCCUCUCGGCUGGAGGGGGGCUCCGGAGGGGACAGUGAAGUACAGCGCACCAUGCUGGAGCUCCUCAACCAGCUGGAUGGCUUUGAGGCCACCAAGAACAUCAAGGUGAUCAUGGCCACUAAUAGGAUUGAUAUCCUGGACUCUGCGCUGCUCCGCCCAGGCCGCAUCGACAGAAAGAUUGAGUUCCCACCCCCCAAUGAGGAGGCUCGGCUGGACAUUCUGAAAAUUCAUUCUCGGAAAAUGAACCUGACCCGCGGCAUUAACCUGAGGAAAAUUGCAGAGCUUAUGCCAGGAGCAUCGGGGGCUGAAGUGAAGGGCGUGUGCACAGAAGCUGGCAUGUAUGCGCUGCGGGAACGGCGAGUGCACGUCACCCAGGAGGACUUCGAGAUGGCCGUGGCCAAGGUCAUGCAGAAGGAUAGUGAGAAAAACAUGUCCAUCAAGAAGCUAUGGAAGUGACAUGGAUGCCCUUCACUUCGUUGGCGCACUCAAAUAAAGCUUUGCUGGACAAGU